AUGCCUGCAUCGCCGAAACGUAUCGUCCUAGAGAAAUCGCGAACCGUCCGCCGUCGAUACCAACGCAGCAAUAAACGCCUAAAGUUCACGGCGUCUCAGAUCGCGCGAAUAGAACGGGAUGAAGAACGGGAGCGCAAAGCCCAGAAGCUUCGGGAAAAGGAGAAGAAGCGCAUAGCCAACAAGAAAAAGAAGGCCGAGAAAGAAUUGAAGGCUCGCGAAGAACGACGACGACUCGGUAUACCCGAUCCUAAUGCACCCACCGUUCCGUCGAGCCAACCGUCGUUAUUUAACUUUCUUAAGAAGGGUCCUCAAGCCCCUGCGGAGCAAGAGACAACAUGUGAAGAUACGGAGCCAGAUAUUAUAAGCACGGAAGUGGAUACUAGUGAGGACUCGAACUCGGAGAAUGACGAACCCGACGACAAUGAAGCUGUCAGUCUAGAAAUUAGUAUCGGUGAAGCUACGGAGCUCGAAGAGGUCAAUUGUGGAGAGAGAGAUGACGACGAGUUUUCCGACUGCUCUAUCUUCUACGACGAAGACGUCAUCAAGGAAGCUGAAACUGUCGCGGUCUCACAGGGCACUAUCCAGGCAGAGCCAGAGAAAAAGGCGCACAAAGAUCAAGUAGCCCCACCAGUCCCGAUUAGCCUACCAGCAGGGGAGUCCUUCCGAGAUGAUACAGCUAUCUUGCUGGAAGAAUUCGCUGAUGAAUUCGAUACCGACGAGGAAUUCGAACAGGAAUUGCUCCGGCUUGAUACAGGAUGA